AAUAUCCAUUCCAUCCAUUGCAUCUUCCAACUCCACUGCGGCGUUGAAACUUCAAGCAUGGAACAAGGAAAGCAGCAGCAAAGAACGAUGGCGUUGUCGUUGUCGUCCAAGGGUUUACCGCACCAAAUUCAAAACCCAAUCACCCAAAUUCAAACACGCUUUAAAAACAUCGAAAACGGUGUCAAGCUUUGGCUCUCCAAACAGUCUAUCGCCGUUGAAGCCGCCGUCGUUGCCACCACCAGCGCCGCUCAAGGCGCUGUUAUGGGUGCCUGCAUGGGUACUUUCAUCAGCAACGCUCCCGCUGCUUUCGCUCCACCUCCUAACGCGACUCUCAGCCCUCAAGCCAUGGCUUCUCUUAAACAAGCACAGGCUCUUGCUGGAGGUCCUUUGAUUCAGGCUCGGAACUUUGCUGUUAUGACUGGAGUGAAUGCUGGUAUUUCUUGUGUUUUGAAAAGAUUAAGAGGAAAGGAAGAUGUUCAAUCCAGGUGAAAUUUUAUAACCUAAUCUUCAUGCCCUAAAUUAUAUAUCGU